AUGCCCAAAUUUCCUACAUUUUUCCUAGCGCUGAUCGCGACAUUGCAGACGUGCAAUGCGGCACUAUAUAACGUAGUCGAUUUCGGUGCGAAGGCCGAUGGCAAGACGGAUUCGUCAUCGGCCUUCCUCGGGGCUUGGGCGGCCGCGUGCGGCUCGAACGAGGAGCCGACCGUGUACGUUCCGCCGGGGACGUUCUUGGUGAACUCGAUAUCGUUUGACGGAUCAUGCAAGAUGAGAAUGCAGCUCAAAAUAUCUGGAGUCAUUGUAGCUCCAAAUGAUUACAAAUCUUUUCUCUCUAAUCAAGCUUGGAUAGAAUUCAAAUAUGUGAGUGGUUUAUCGAUUGGUGGUGGCGUUAUUGAUGCUAGAGGGUCAAGUUAUUGGGCAUGUAAAAGAGGUCGAGAUCAAGCGAAUUGCCCCUUUGGAGCAAGGUCGUUCUCGUUCCAAAGUUGCAAUGACGUGAUAAUUAGUGGUUUGAAAUCGCGCAACAGCCACGCAGUGCACGUUUUUAUUAACGGAUGCAAUAAUAUCACAAUGCAAAAUCUAACAAUUGUCGCUCCGGGCGAUAGCCCUAACACCGACGGAAUCCACAUCGGGAAUUCGAAUGUUGUUAGGGUCAUCAAUAGUGUCAUCCACACCGGCGAUGAUUGUAUCUCCAUCGGCCCCGGCUCGAGGAAUAUGUCGAUGGAGAACAUCGUGUGUGGCCCCGGUCACGGCAUAAGCAUUGGAAGCAUGGGAGGCAAUCCAAACGAAGACGGAGUCGAACACAUCGUCGUUAACAAUUCUAAAUUUACAAACACGGACAACGGCGUUCGGAUUAAAACAUGGGCUAAACCGAGCAACGCCUACGCUAGAGAUAUUGUCUUCGAAAAUUUGGUAAUGGAAGAUGUUGCAAACCCUAUAAUCAUCGAUCAAGAGUAUUGCCCGGAGAAGAAUUGUCCAAAAGGGAACUCCGGCGUGAAAGUGAGCGAUGUUGUUUUCAACAACAUCGGGGGCACGUCGCGGAGCCAAGAAGCGUUGGCGUUGAUCUGCAGCUUGACGAAGCCAUGUGAAGAGAUCAAAUUGCAGAAUAUAAAUCUAAGUUAUAUGGAUCAAAUGAGGAAGAAGCAGCUUGCAACUUCAAGGUGUCAAAAUGCACGAGUAAUUAGGGAUGGUGUUGUAAUUCCAGAUUGCAAGGAAGGAUCAUAA